AUGGAGAUUCCCACAGCUGAAAAUAACUCGAUCGACGAGAGCACUUCCCUCCAAGUGGUUGGCGUCAGAGAGAUCCAAAGCCAUCAGCGCAACGACAGAAAUAGAGCCGGACAAGCAGAGCGAAUACAAGGCGAGAGAGUAGAAAACCACUUGCUGCUACUGGUGCAAGUAAACCAACCGCAGCCGGUAAAUCCACCGCAGCAAGUACACUACCACCAGCAGAUCAACUACAAUCAGCAGAUCAACUACAACCAUAAUUUCAAUUACGUUCAGCAACGACAAGCACAAGUAUGGUACCCACCAACAGGAUAG